AUGGACGCGCGAUGCCAAUGCGGCGCGGUCACGUUUAAGACGCCGCUGCCUCAGCCGCUGCGGCUGUACAUCUGCCAUUGCGAUGAGUGCAAGCGCCAGACGGGCUCCGCUUUCGGGACGUCGGCGAUCUUCCCCAGGUUCCAGCUCCCUGCCAUGGAUCUACUGGGCGUCUACGCGAGGCCGACUGCAUCAGGCGUGACACUUCACUGCUACUUUUGCCGCAACUGUGGGACGAGGUUGAUUCACAGCACACCGGAUAAGAACGUCGUGUCGGUCAAGGGCGGCUGCAUCGACGGCCUCGACUGGAAGACGGCGGUGCACAUCUGGACCAAGAACGCCAUGGUGCCCAUCCCGGAGGGCGCCGAGACGCACUCCGAAGAGGCGAACUACACCGACUAUGGAGACUCGCAAGAGACGCUUGAUCAGCCGACCGACCUGCGCGGAAGCGGGGGCUGUACUGGACCAGUCCUGAGGGCGGCUUGUGAUAUCAGCCCGAAGAGUUCACUGCAAUGA